AUGUCAGAUUUCGAACGCCCGUCCAAUCCGGCCCUUUGGCACUUUGGCUUCCACGCGAAUGAGGUUUCAUGGGAGGGCAUGAAGCCAUCAGACCCUCUCAUGGAUUUUUCAGACGGAGACAGCGACUACGAAACAAAGGAACUCAAAAGGAAUGAGAAGUGGAAGUCCAAGGGUCUCUGCAGUGAGUUCCAUGAGGUGAAUCUGCGACCCAUUGUCGACCUCUUCCUCCCUCCCUCGAAAGGCCUUGCCUUCUCACCGAUAACAUCGUCCGUCGCAUCAUCACCGACUCUCCCACGCGACCGAUUGCGUCACACGACUCCCUCGACCUGCAUCCAAACCAAGGAAGCAGUUUUGGCAACAACACCGCGCGCAGACAGGGGUAGAACUGCGGCUAGUACAAUGGCGCCGACAUCGACAUCCCAGAAGGCGAUGACCACCCAGUUCGCUCAGUUGACAGGUGCAAGCGAUAGAACGGCACAACGGUACCUCAAGAACGCUGGAUAUAAGCUCAAUGAAGCUGUUGAUGCAACCUCAAAACACACUGGACUGAUCGACGCAGAGGAGGCCGGAGCCUGCAAGACAAUGGGCUGGAAAGGGUUGAAAAACGCACUGCCUACCACAGGCUUGAGCUUGUGGUCGCCGAGGCGCAAACCAUCCAAACACGACCUUGUCACCGAGGAGAAGAAUCAGUCUGGGUACUUCUCUGGCGGCAGUGGAACCUCCACACCCACAACUUCAGCAAUCGAUACUUCGUUGAAUCAAAUGUUCGACAAGCUGCGAGAUGAUGUAAAUGACGAGAAGAACACCCUGGGUCUCGACACCACGAUGGCGUACCUCGGCGACUUGGGUGUGAACAUCGAGAAUGCCGAGCUGCUGGUCGUGAUGGAACUUCUUCAGGCACCUUCUGUUGGAGAAAUCACCCGAAAAGGCUUCGUCGAUGGCUGGAAGGUGACUGGUGCUGCCACGCGUCAGGCGCAUAUAUCUCACAUCAAGUCAUUGGUGAGCAGUCUUUCGACCGACCCUGCUUACUUCAGGAAGGUGUAUCGGCACACCUUUGUUGCCAGUAAGGAGCCGACUCAGAAGGCACUCAAUCUUGAGAUCGCCACAGUCUACUGGAACGUUCUUUUUUCACCACCUGGCUGGGAAUGGAAGACGAAGAACCAGGACUGGCUGCAGCUGUGGUUGAAGUUCCUCGAAGAGAAGUGGACCAGAUCUGUCAACCGCGACAUGUGGAACCAGAUUCUUGAAUUUGCGACCAAGUCGAUGGCAGACGAGACGUUGUCAUUCUGGAACGAGGACGGAGCAUGGCCCAGCGUGAUUGAUGACUUCGUGGCCUGGUGCAAGGAAAGAGGGAUCGGCAAGACUGAGACAAUGGACUUGGACGCCUGA